AUGGCUGAAAAGAAGAUCAGCCUCCCUGUAAAGCUGAUAAAUGGAGGAGUUGCUGGCCUGAUUGGUGUGACCUGUGUCUUCCCCAUCCACUUAGCCAAGACCCGCCUCCAGAACCAGCAAAAUGGGUCACGCUUGUACACCAGCAUGUUUGAUUGUCUCAUCAAAACUGCCCGCUCAGAGGGCUUCUUUGGAAUGUACCGAGGUGCUGCAGUUAAUCUCACACUUGUCACUCCAGAAAAGGCCAUCAAGCUUGCUGCCAAUGACUUCUUCAGACAUCACCUCACCACUGACGGACAGCAGCUGACUUUGCUGAGGGAGAUGAUUGCUGGCUGUGGGGCAGGCACCUGCCAAGUGAUCGUGACCACUCCAAUGGAGAUGCUGAAGAUCCAGCUGCAAGACACAGGGCGGAUAAAUGCCCAGAGGAAGCUGAUUCGUCAAGCAGCGGUCAGGGGUGGAGCAGCUGAGGGUUCUUUUGAGGUGAGAGCUCGCACUGGCCUGCAGCUUUCUCGAGAUCUGCUGAAGAGCAGAGGAAUUGCUGGCCUGUACAAAGGCCUGAGGGCCACCCUGCUAAGGGAUGUGCCCUUCUCUAUUAUAUACUUCCCUCUGUUUGCUAAUUUGAACAGCCUGGGGGGGACAGGUGUCCAGGGACCAGCUCCAUUCUAUGUGUCUUUCCUGUCUGGUUGUGUGGCAGGAUGUAUCGCUGCUGUGGCAGUGAACCCUGUGGAUGUUGUAAAGACAAGACUACAGUCUUUGUGUUGUGGAGCUCAAGAGGACACUUAUAGUGGUGCGAUGGACUGCAUCAGUAAGAUCUUGUGUAACGAGGGUCCCUCCGCCUUCCUGAAGGGGGCAUACUGCCGUGUCUUGGUCAUAGCCCCUCUAUUUGGGAUUGCGCAGGUUGUGUAUUUCCUUGGGGUCGGCGAGACUGUCCUCAGCCUGAUCACGGAGUCCAGAUCAGGGAGCUGA